UAUAUAUAUAGAUAUCAUGAAAUUGAAUAACGAUUUCCGUUUUUCCACGCUGAUUGAAUAAUGAACAACUAUAUAAACAAUAUUGGAAAAAAAAUAUAACAAAUAUAUAAAAGGGGUCAAAGAAACUUAUUACGUACCCACGAAGAACAAGAACGAAAACAAACACCAAAAUCGGAAAAAGACCGAUCUUCUCCCUCUUCUCCCUAUGGAAACGCAACUCUCAAACGCAGACGCUGAUUCCCUCCAGCGACUCCUAAAUUUGAGCCUCGGAGCUAAAGAAAACACCGCCAAAAUCGUCAACGGAUCACGAUCCGCAAACUCCACCAAUCCACAGUACCAGCCUUUGGACAUCGAGUUCGUGGAGAAGAUCUUGAACUACAAGUUCAAAGACAAGAGUUUGCUGCUGCAAGCGUUCACAGACGCUACGUUUGAUGAAAACUGCGUUUCGUAUGAACGCCUAGAGUUCUUAGGAGACACAGUCCUAAAUAUGGUUAUAACCAAAUAUUUAUAUAAUCGCUACGGAGAUUGUUCCCCAGGUUUGUUGACCAAUCUUCGAGCGGUCAACGUUGAUACAGAGAAACUUGCCAGAGUCGCUGUAAAACAUAACCUCCAUCGCUGCCUCCGUCAUAAGAAACCCUUGCUUGAGGACCAAAUUUUGGAAUUUACAAAAGCAAUGGAAACAUAUCCAUUACACUCGCGUGGUCUAUUGAAAGUCCCUAAAUCUCUAGCAGACAUAGUAGAGUCUACCAUUGGAGCUCUAUACACUGACUGUGACUCUUUUGAGACCGUGUGGAAGGUAAUUUUGUAUAUGCAUGAUACCUUUCAUAAGUAUUCUUUAAUUAGAUUAAUUAUAUACGAUCUACUAAUCGAUGAAUUUGUGUUUGAUAUUAUUAACAUACAUAAGGUGGUAAUGCCAUUGUUGGAGCCGAUAAUAUCUUUAGAUAAACUGGAGAACCAUCCAAUGACAGAACUUCAUGAGAUGUGUCAGAAGAAGAAUUUGAAAUUGAGGUUCGACGACAGUACUUGGGAAGUUGAUAAACGGGUUCUUGUCUUUAUUGAGGAUAAAUUGGUUGGACGUGGACAUCAUCUUGCCAAGAAAGACAGUGCUAAAAAUUGCGCUGCAAAAGAUGCUCUCGACAAUUUUUCCUAUUUCUUUACAAAGAUUUAAUAUAAUUUAUAUAGUUUGUAUGAAAAACUCUUUUUAUCUUGAAAAGAUUGUAUUGUUUCUUUGUAUUUGAAUCAACGUGAAUAAAAAUAACAAGACUUUGGGCUACAAGCCCACCAUGUCAAAAUUUAUCUAAAAAUUAUUAAAGGUAGCAAUUGUUUGUUUGUGUUGGUUCAUGGCCAAUUAGUUAGUUUUUUUAAACAACACAUGUUCAAUUUCCUGAAGUGAAUUUAUAAACAUGCAAGUGAUAGGAUUACCCAAGAAAUAAACUGUUUCCUAAUUAUGUCUGAAGCCCUAUAUUCCCCCGAGUCCAUUUGCUACAUAUAUAUGCUAGCAUACAUUGAAAUGAGUCUCGAAGAGUGACAACAAAGGAGAAACAUAAAACUCCCUUAGAAAGGCCCAUAAGUAUUGUUACGAUAUAUAGCUUUGCCGAUUAAAAUCUAUGUUUGAUAUAUAGCUUGUAUCUAGGACCGGCACUGUAUGGUAUAUAUCGGCUGUUGGCUGUUGCGGUGAAGAAUUUGAUGGAAUCAAGUGACGCUUUUAUCUCAUCUAUGCUAUCUGCUUUAUUCUCCAAUCCUCAUUUGCAACAUUUACUCAAAACUCCCUUCGGAUGUUUCAGAUAGCUGAGGAGCAGCGGUUUGUGCUCAAACACAACAGUCAAGAGACCCUCUAACCGAGUGGGCUGCGGUGCCAUGUGACCUCUACUAUGGUCUAUGGUUAUAUGGCAUUGGCCAUAUGUCAACCUUAAGAUUAGUAGGAACAUUGUACACAUCGCAUACUUCUUCUUCAUGAUCCCAAUAGAAUCUGUAAAAUCACUCAUACAGCAUCCAGGGGAUAGAGAAGGCUUUACCUUUCUUGAAGCCUUAUAGAAGUCUAUGUCCAUGUCUAUCUUUAUGAAUACAUAACUUUGUUAUGUUUCGUUGAUAGAACCGCUUACGUUUUUUGUGGGUCUUUAUGAACCUCUUACAUCAUCCAAGGCUUCCUUCCUGGGAUCGCUUUGAAAACCUUUCUACUUUUCCUCCCAAGAAUAUUGAUGCAAACAGAUUCUAAAUGUUCCAGUUCAUCAAUGUUUUCCUUGGAAGCAUAGUCACCGGGGAUGCUUUUCACAGCUCAACUUCCUUUAGUGGGCCUAUUGGGCCCAUACUUGUAAAUCCGUGAUAUAUACUUAGGUUAAGCGAUUACCAAGUCGAAUUCACGAGUUGAAUACGUGAGGAGAACUAUAUCUCCCUAUGAUCAUCAUCCCGGAACACUCAUCUCUCAGCAGCUGUUACGAGGAUCAAACUACGAUGAGUGGUCUGUUAAUAUGCGAUUGGCUCUUCAAGCCCAAAUGAAAGUUGGCUUCGCAUAUGACUCCAUUCCGCAUCCGGAGCAGUAUUCGGAAUACUAUGAAGAUUGUUGAGCAAACAGUGCGUUUGUGAUACCGUGGAUUAAACUCACAAUAGCGGAGACACUACGCUCCACCAUACCACACAGUAAUGAUGCACACGAGCUGUGGCUCUAUGUACAAUGAUGUUUCUGGCUAUGAAGCAUGGGGACGGGUAUUUAGUUUCAGUAUUGUCUAAUUUUAGGCAGCUAUAUGAUAUGAUUUUUAUGUUUAUUACUAAUAUAUGUGCCUUACCCGUAUCUGUAAAUUUUUGGUUUUGCUCCCGUCCCCGUAUCCGUCUCUGUGCAACAUAGGUUUCUGGUGAAGAACGGACAGCAUGUAAAACGUCUCAAAACAGAACUUGUGAACUGCUGUCAGAAAGGCAUGGUGAUUGAGGCAUACUAGGGGAAAAGUUUUGGUCGAGUUUAUCAGACUCUCAACGAGCUAAAACACCAGCAGAAAUGCAAAAGGAACGUGAAGAGAAUAAGCUGAUCCAUCAGUUUCUUAUGGGCUUAGAUAUAUAUCUGUUUUUGGAGCAGUAGUGAAAUCAAUUUUUCUCUCUCUCUCUCUCUCGUGAUCAACUACCUACUCUUGAUGAAGCAUAUAGUGUUUUUACUCAGGAAUAAGAAUCAAAGCUAGCUGCCCGAAUGAAUGAAGAAAAAUUGAGGGACAGAUGAAGCAUAUAGUAUGGCAUAUUAGUAUAGUUAUAUGUAAAUUAUAUAAUACAAUUGAUAAUAUAUAUCCAUAAUUUAUUUUUUU